AUGGCGACCAACACCUUCCGCGACUCUGUCAACUCGUUAGGCUGGUCGCGCAGAGACCCGGAUUUCCCCGUCCGCACUAAUGCCUCCUCUGAGACCCCGUUUCUUUCGCGCCUGCAAUCUAUGAACCCGUUCGGUCAGGGUGGCUAUGUUCAACUACCCACUCACAAUGAGGCCCCAGGCGCGCCUUUGCCAGCACCCAAUCGCCGUGAAGAGGAAGAGGGUUUCUUCGCAUUGAGCCGAUGGGAUCGGAUGCUCAUAUUUGGCGCUUGUAAUUUGGGCGCCGCCGUUUGCUUCAUGAUCUGCUUCUUCCUGUUUCCAGUUUUGACGCUCAAGCCCCGCAAAUUCGCUGUUUUCUUGCGUUCUCAGCCCCACCCACCCUUCCACAUGCUGUUCAGCUCGUCUACGGGUUUUGAUCCAGCCACCCAAACCCCGAACUACCAUGAUCCUGGUCAUGAGCGGGCUGGGGGGCUCGGACCAUUCCUCAUGGGACCCUGGUCUUACGCUAGACAUUUGGUCUCGGGACCACGGCUGCCAUUCACAGCGGCCUAUUUUGGAUCGAUCGGAUUAACACUGUACUUUGCUAUCGGGCUCCAAAACUUCUUCCUUACUCUCAUCUCCUCCAUCUUUCAGCUCACCGCCCUGGUUUGGUAUCUGGUCAGCUACUUCCCCAUGGGCACCACCGGCUUGCAGUUCAUGGGUCGCUUCGGUGCGUCUCGCGUGUCUGCUUGGGUGAGCGGUUAA